AUGGUUGGCGUUCAUUCACUUUCCUCCGACACUUCAAGAUUCUUCGAUUGGUUGCUCUUCCUCUUCGCUUUCUUCUAUUUUAUCUGCUCUGUUUUCGUGGAGAAUGGAUUUGAGAAACGGGCCUGGCACCCGCCUUUGCCGCCUCCCCGUCACCUGCCUCCUCCGCCCCCUGCACCCCCACCACGCACCAUUCCGAAACUACCCCCCACUCCCCGUUUUCUUGAAGGCCCGUGCCAGCAGUCAAGAAAGGAACAGGUGCCCAAAGUGAACACGUGCGACGGGGAAAUGUCAAGCCGACUGGGAAAAGGCGGGGGGCUAAAGUGUCAGAGGUGGGGGCAGGGAGGCAACGGACGGACGCCGCCGACGUCGCAUGCUGUGUGGCAGAUCGCACACCAAGAACAGCCGAUCGUUAAGACUGACGCAGCUGCAAAAGCGAACGAAAACCACACCGACAUCUUUUACCGUAAUUCUUUUAUUUUUCUUUGUUUCCUUAUCGGGUUUUCAUUCUUUUUUCAUUUUUCAUUAGUUUAUUUCUUUUUCUCUUUCAUUCCUUUCUGUUGUUUUUCUGUUUGGCUUCUUUUUCUUUCUUUUUCCUUUUUACUCUUUUCUAUCUUUAAUAUUUCACUUCUUUUUGGUUGA